UUCUUUGAUGUGUUGGUUAUUUUAAGCUAAAGAAGACGAGUAAUACCACCUUAAAUACACGAGCCCCAGUUCAGCGAGCAACUUAACUAGCCUUGACUUAUGCCUACUUAACUCAUAGUACCCUAGUUACUGCAUAGACAAGUUUGGACAUAAGUUAUGAAAAAUUGCUUCCACACUAAGCUAGAUCUGAAUCUCAAGACUUGGUCAAGGCCACUGCUGAGGAGAAGCAGGAAGAACAUCCGGACCAGGGUGUGGAGAAGCCUCAGGAGUACUAUCCUGGGGAAUAUCAUCCGGUGACUGCUGGAGAGGUCUUGGACAGACGUUACAAGGUUGUCCGCAAAUUAGGGUGUGGCAAAUACUCAGAAGUUUGGCUGUGCUGGGAUUGCCAAAAAAAUGUUCACGUUGCCGUAAAAAUAUUAAGAGGUGCUUACAGUACACGUGCAAGAGCAAUGGUAGAAAUUGAAAUGUUAGAGAGGGUAAAUGAAACAGAAGAUAAUGACAACGAAGGGAAACAAAGGAUUGUUAAGCUUCAACACCAUUUCGCAACAAAAGGCCCAAAUGGAACCCAUCUUUGCAUGGUAUUUGAAGCGGAGGAAAUGAACUUGUAUGAUUUGCUAAUACAUUCCAAAUUCAAAGGAAUUCCUUUAGAAAAUGUCCGAUGUAUUAUCAAACAGGUUCUAGAAGGGCUAAGUUUUCUACAUGAAAAAUGUGGAAUAAUACACACAGAUAUAAAACCAGAAAAUGUCUUGCUAUGUGUGGACAACAACUCUUUUUCUGAAACAUCAUCACUUGGCUGGAACAAACCUCAAGGUUCGGCUACACUACACAGGAAAGGACAAGGAAAGGAACAAAUUCUGGCAACAGGGAUUCACUACAAGGUACAGGACAUAGAAGGGAAACUGUCAGGAAAUUAUUCUUACAGCCCUAGGCAGACCUGAGUGCAAAAUUGUUAACACAUUUAGUAAAAAAAUACUGAUUCAAGUUGUAAAAAUAUUGAACUUGAAGAAGUUUGGAACAAUACAUAGGCAAUAAUAAAUUUGAUUAAAUUUACAGAGCUCACCCAAUGCAAAUAAAACAUGACACACUUUAGUAGCUAUUGUAUUAUAGUAUGUUCUAUUGUUGGUUAUUUAUAGAAAAAAAUGACUACAGUAUUUAGUCAGUGUGUCAAUAUUAAUUCGAUAUUAUGUCGCCAAAAUUAAAUAUGUGUUGUGUGUUUACUUAAUAUUAUUGAUAUGCACUACAUGAUUACUAGAUUGGACAAUGUAUACAAUUGUUAGACUGUAAUCUAUUAUAUAUGAUUUAUUUUAUAACAUUUUAAAAAUAACCUAACAUUAAGGCAACAAACACAUCAUAUUGUUCUGUUGUCUUCAAUACAAAUUGAACAGUUAAAAUAGCAAAAUCAGAAUCAGAAUCAAAAAUCUUUAUUAAUAUUGUAUGUACAUACACAAAUAGAAGAAUAAUAUUUUGUGAUUGUUACAAGUAUUAAAAAUAGAAUAACAAAAUAUUGUUUUCAAGAGUUUUUUUACAAUUUGGUAUUAAACUUAUCUCACAGAGAUAAAAGCGUUGAAGAAACUUCCGGAUGAAUGUAACUUUGUUAAGGUUUUCAGCGUAGUGAUUAUACUUAUAAUAGGGUAUACAGUGUACUUUCAGUAAUUUAAAUCCUGAAUAAAUCAAUACUUUUAAUAAUUCCAAAUAAAAGCUCAGUCCGUAGAAAAUCUCUUAAUAUUUCAAAGUUUAACCAUGAUUUUGAUACACUCGGUAUCAUAAUCAUAAUCAAAAUCAGAAUCAGUAUUUUGAAGUAUAAGCAUACAUUCUGUUAGCACAGUAGUUUGUCUUAAAUAAUAUAAUUUAUGACGUAAGGAUCAAUAGAAAAAUGCAAUAGAAAUAACAAUUGUUUGUAACUAAAAAAGCUGUUUUUUGUUGUAAAGUAACUAAAAUAAGUUCUUCAAUUGUAACACUCUGUAUCUAAAAUAAU